UCCUGUUUUGGGGCACAGUGCCCUCUUCUUCAUUUAAUUCUUCUUCUCUUCUCUUCUCUUCUCUCUCACUUUCUCCUUCUGCAAACACAAAUCUCUUGUUUUUCUUCCAUUUCCAUCGCUUUCUCUUUCACCGUACAAUUUCUUCUUCUUCUUCUUCUUCUUCCCUCUUCAUCUUCCACUUCACACUACAACAAGUUAAUAAACACAGUGAAAAACAUGCACCCUUUUAGCUUCUAUCUCACCAAGCUUCUCUGACCAAUACCGAUAAUCUUUCUUCCUACCAACACACACCCUCUUCACUUCUUUCUACUACACAAUACAAAACCCUACCUACUCUUCCUAAGAACAUCUUCAUUUCUAGAUACACACACACAUAUAUAUAUGUUUAUAUAGCAGGUGGGUUCGUGGUGGAUCCUUCUACUUCAACCUACCACCACAAAGUCAACCUCACUAUCCACAAGAUCCGACUCAAAUCCAAAUCACCAAGCAUCAGAUCUUUGCAAUGGAGACCGUGCCAUCCCCAAUAACAAGCACCACCAACAGUGGUGGUGGUGGCGGCGGUAGUACUACUCCGAGUAGGUACGAGAACCAGAAGCGGCGAGACUGGAACACGUUCAGCCAGUAUCUGCGGAACCACCGGCCGCCGCUGACGGUGGCCAUGUGCAGUGGGGCGCACGUGCUGGAAUUCCUGCACUACCUGGACCAAUUCGGGAAGACGAAGGUGCACAAUCCGACGUGCCCGUUCUUCGGGCUGCCUAACCCUCCGGCGCCGUGCCCCUGCCCGCUCCGCCAGGCCUGGGGCAGCCUGGAUGCCCUAAUCGGGCGCCUCCGCGCCGCCUACGAGGAGAACGGCGGGAGAGCCGAAAGCAACCCGUUCGGCGCCCGCGCCGUGAGGCUGUACUUGCAUGAUGUUCGUGAGUUUCAGGCGAAGGCGAGAGGAGUGAGCUACGAGAAGAAGAGAAAAAGGCCAAAGUCCUCCAACAUCUCUAAUGCAACUCCGGUUACCACUUCCCCCAAUGCCACUGCAACUGCCACCGCUACUUAGUUUCUUCACAUUCAAACCAAUUAUAUAAUCAAUAUCAUCCAUCAUCCCAUGCCCUCACAUGCAUAUCUUUUUCUCCAUUUCGUUUUGUGUUUAUUUUUGGCAACUUUAAGGUUCUAUUUAUACGCCUUUGCUUACAAAGGUGUUCACGCCGCCUUCUGAAUUCGUGAGAUGUUUUUCUCAGUUGUCUGGCUUCCUGUGUUCGUGGAAAUAGAAUGUAUACCAAACUAGGAUACAUGUUUAUGCCUAUUUUUAGUGCUCAAAUUAAUGGACAUUUUCGGGAUUUCUGAUUCUCUACAGUAACACACUCACUGGAAUCUAUAAAAUGAUGAGCAGAAGAAGUGUAUAUUUAAGAUCAAGAUCUUUUUCCCAUUGUAAGUUCGGUGCCAGUGAGAAAUAUUGAAGUUUAAUCAA